AUGCACUUUAUCUCAGACACUCUUUUUCACACGCAGCAUCGAAUACGCUUUGAACCUCGUCAGAGUCCCAAUAGCUCGUCUCAGCGAUUCGAACUCCGGCUCCUUCGUGGAUACGGGACGUGCAGUUCAACGCUGGACAGGAAUACCUUCCAAGGCAACAUAGGGUUUGGUCCAACUCGCUUUCUCAUUAAACGAUGCGAGUGCGUAGGCGAGAGAGAAUCUGCGGCCUGGUUGGGUUGGAGAGACUUGCCAGUGCACAAUCUACACCUCAAAGUCUGGAGCCACACCGGAUUCCAUUCAUCCGCCAAUCGAGUCACAGAAAGGCAGCGCUGGCUAGUCUCCGUAAGAAUGUUAUUGCCGCACUUCAAGACAAGCCAUUUGACAGAAGCUGAUGGUGGCAUGCAAGAAGGCUGGUGUGGAUCUGGCUUGGUGGUGUCGGAGAAACGCGAUGAAAGUGUGCGCAAAGAGAACAGAAAGAUCGAAUGGAGUCACCUCCCGCUCCUUUGCGUGCAACAGCCGUGUUGGUACCAAGGCGGUCGUAAAGUUCCAGUCGCAACGGACGAUAAAUGGUCAAUAUUUUCAAUAAUGCCGAGCACACCAUUGAAUUGUCGCAAUCCUCGAGGCCGUCACAGCCAGGAAGAAGAGACUCAACACACCCAACGUUGCACUGCUUCUACGGCUGCUAUGGAAGCAACGAAGCUCCGUUGCUCCGAGGAGUUCGAUCCUUCGGAUUCAUGGCGCAUUGUGGGAUCGCGUGCAAACUCAACUCAUCGCUGCAUUUCAACGCGUCCCGAUCAUCCAAGAGACUCUUUUGCUGCUGACAAUCACCGAGAGGAUGGACAAAAGUGUAUGAUAUUUGAAGCUGGGAUUCAAAUAAUCCCUUAG